UAUUCACAGAACCAUAUUUAGACUUUCAUCUAUCUUUCUGGAAUACUCUCAAGCAACCUUCAUGGCCUCGACCUUGAGCGAAUCCUCGAGAAUACCCACAAACCCUUCAAGGAUUGUGUUGAUAACUGGCGUGAGUAAAGGUUUGGGGAGAGCCCUAGCCUUGGAGUUAGCUAACCGUGGUCACACCAUAAUUGGCUGUUCACGUGACCAACCUAAACUUGAUUCCCUUCGUCAGCAACUUUCUUCUAAUAACCACUUGCUCUUCAAUGCUAACGUGAGAUCAAACGAUAGUGUUGAAGAGCUAGCAAGAGCGGUUGUCCAAAACAAACUUGUACCCGAUAUCAUUGUGAAUAAUGCAGGUGUUGCUAAUAGAAUUGGGAAUGCAUGGGAGGUAGAGGUCGAAGAAUUUGAUAAUGUUAUAGAUACCAAUGUGAAAGGGAUAGCAAACGUUUUGCGCCAUUUCAUUCCUCUUAUGAUUCCAAACAAGCAUGGAAUAAUCAUCAACAUGUCUUCAAUAGCGGGAAGAACUGGAAUUGCACAUGGACAAGACGUGUGGGAUGCCAUGGAGCAUGGUGAUGACGUUGAUGAGCGUAAGGAUAGGAUGACUCUUGCCGCCAUCUACCAAGUAGUCCUGGAGGAUAUCUUUCUCAUGUUGGCAGAGAAGGACUCGUCAAAGGAAGCAUGGGAGACGCUGCAAACAAUGCAUGUGGGAGUGAAACGUGUCAAGGAAGCAAAGGUGCAAACCUUGAAAAGUGAGUUCGAGGCUAUCUGCAUGAAGGAUGGUGAAUCAGCAGACUCCUUUACUAUGAAGUUUUCGACGAUCGUCAUCCAUUCAUUAGGCGACAAGGUGGAGGAGAUCUCCAUCGUCAAGAAGUUCCUUGAAGUUAUUCUCCCGAGAUUCAUGCAGAUUGUUAGCUCUAUCGAGAGUUUAACGACCUCAAGAAUAUGACGGUUGAGGAGGUCGUUAAUCAUCUUAAGGUCCAUGAGGAGAGAUAUCGUUGCUACAAAAACAAAGGAGAGGAGAAAUUCCUCUUACUCACACAUGAGGAGUUGCUCGCAUGGACGAAAAAGAAAGAUGUAAUUGACUCUUAUUUUUAGGUACAAGGGGACAUGACAGCUAUAACAAGGAAAAUAAAGGUCAUGGACGUGCUCGUGGACAUGGCCGCAGACGUGGUAACAAAGGAGGUCAUGACAAUACCUCACAAAUCCAUGACAAUGCCAACCCUGGAAGGACAAGAGCAUGAUCAAGUGUUACUCUUGUGGAAAAUAUAGGCAUUAUGCGGUAGAGGGCCGCAACAGGGAGCACGAGGAGGAGGUAAACCUCACAUUCACGGAUGAUGAAGAGCCCGCAUUAAUGUUGGCCAAGACAAUGCCCAACUUGUUGAUGCUCAAUAAAGAGAAGGGAAGAAGAAGACCAAAUGGAGACUAACAUGUGGUACCUGGACAACGGAGUGAGCAACUACAUCACUAGAGGCAAAGCAAAGUUCAAGGAGCUUGAUGAGAAAUUCAUUGGAAACAUGAAGUUUUGCGAUGCAUCAAUUGUACCGAUCAAAGGCAAAGGAUCCAUCUUGUUCUAACGUAAGAAUGACGAUCAACGUCUAUUGACCAAGGUAUAUUACAUCUCGAGUUUGAAGAGCAUAGUAUUAGUCUUGGUCAAAUGAUAGAAGAAAGUAGCAGAGUGGAGUUAGUUGGCUUGUUCUCAAGUGGAGUAAGUUGGCUUGUUCCUCAAGAUAUUCGAUAGAAAUGGAGCCUUGUUGAUGAAGGUAAAACAGUUGAAGAAUCGCCUGUAUAAGAUACUAUUCGAAGACCAUCAACAUCUUCUAAAAGUAUCUAUUAGCAUUUGUAGUGAGAAAGGGAAGAAGAAAUCAAUGGGUCUGGAGAAAAAGGAAUCGAAAAAACAAAGCCAACAAAAAACUAGAGGCUACUUCAUUAGCAAAGAGUAUGUUUCAUCAAACUUGUCAUCUCAACCAAAGAAGCAAACAAGGUUAAAAAACAAAGGAAUACCUUACAAGAUAAUGAAGUUCGUAUGCAAAAGAGAGAAACAGAAGAAAUUGCAUGUUCAGGAAUUAUAAUUUCUUACGAAGAAGAUGGAGUUGAUAAGGGAUUAAACAACGUUAAUACUAUGGAGCAACGUGCAGAUACUCUCACAAAGGCCCCAAUAACGAUUAAGCUUUCGAGAUAUGCUGAGUUACUCAAAGUAAAGAAUCUCAAGCUAAGUGAAGUGGAGAACGUGAGUCAAUAACUUGAAUUAAUACAAUUAGUUAUUACUCGAGUAAAUUUAGGAAAAUGGUAACUGAUUUAGUUAAGAGAAUUGUUAUAGUUGCCAUCUGCGAGAAGGUUUAGGAAAAUAGUUGAGGGAAUUGUUAGUGGGUUUAACUUAAAUAAAAGUUAUUAGGGCUUUCUACUU